UAAAAACCUCAGGAGAGACACUAUCAGUGGUUCUGCUCUGAAGUUGUAGUGGAGUCUCACGGGAUUCACACAAACAAGCCUCUGUGCAACAGGCCGUCUCUGUCCCCACUCAGACUCACAGCGGCAGGAUGCGUUUGGCGUGUGCUCUGGGUGUCUUUCUGGCCCUGCUGCAGCUGUCCUCCUCUCUGCUGCUGGGAGCCUUCAACAUCAAGUCAUUUGGAGACAAGAAAGCCUCCAAUGCCACCCUGAUGAACAUCAUCAGCACGAUUGUCCACCGCUAUGACAUCAUUCUGAUCCAGGAGGUCAGAGACAGCGACCUGUCAGCAACCAAGAGACUGAUGGAGCAUGUCAACAAAGGUUCCCCUCAGUUCAGGUACAGUCACAUCUUCAGUGAGCCUCUGGGUCGCAGCACCUAUAAGGAGAGAUACCUCUUCCUCUACAGGGAGCAGACAGUGUCCGUGGAUAAAAGCUACACCUACGAUGACGGCUGUGAGUCCUGCGGGACUGACACCUUCAACAGAGAGCCCUUCGUCGUCAUGUUCUCCUCCAAACAAACCGCUGUGAGGAACUUUGCUCUGAUCCCUCAGCACACCUCUCCAAAGGAAGCUGUGAAGGAAGUGGACGCUCUCUACGAUGUUGUGACUGAUGUCAGGACCCGCUGGAACACCAACGACAUUGUGCUGCUGGGCGACUUCAACACAGGCUGCAAUUACGUGUCGGGCUCUGACUGGCAGCAGAUCCGCCUCUUCACCGACAAGAGCUUCCACUGGCUGAUCACCAACGAGGCCGACACUACAGUGACGCACACUUACUGCCCUUACGACAGGAUUGUGGUCACCACUGACAUGAUGAGAGGCGUGGUGCACGGCAGCGCUCAGGUCUACGACUUCAUGAUGGACCUGGGUCUCAGCCACAGUCUGGCGCUGGCUGUCAGUGACCAUUUCCCUGUGGAGGUGGAGCUGAGUGUUGCUGCCUAACUCAUGACUCCCACAACGGUGCAGAACACCUCCAGGCUGAAUCUGAAUUAUGAUCAUGCAGUGGGGGAACUGACUGCUUCCAUACAGCAUCGAAUUACAAGACAAAAAUAAAUAAAUCUGCAAAAUCA